AUGAGCAAGAAAACAACGGCCAAGUCGGCACAUGAAGAUGAUGACAAUGAGAUGGACGCCAGUUUGACUUACGCUAAUACAGCUACUGCUACCGGUACUCCUAGUAGUAGCAAUCGAGGUAGGAGUAGCAGAAGAACGGAAGAGUUUGUGAGUCAAGACAGUGAGGCUCUGUUGGCCAUGGUGCAAGGCGAAGCCAGUGCCAGUGAUGAACUUAACCUUAAUACAGGAGAUCAGGAUAAUGAUGGUGGCAAGGUGGACCAGAGCUAUUCCUAUGUGACUGCCGUGGGAAACUACCAAGAUGAAGAUCAUUCCAGGCUUUUGACUUAUACCACCAAGUUGCUACAGCAGAAUCAGAACCAACCAGAUGAUCAAGGUCAAGGUCAACAGCAAGCUACUGUUAGUACUGGUGCUAGUGCUAGUGCUAGCAGUAAGAGGGAUGACCUAGGCAGAGCCUCCUCCCAUCACUUGGCAGAAAUGUGGAUGAUGGCGGCUGGCAAGUCCCUUCAUAAUAUGUCCACCCAAGGCAGUCAAUUGUUUCAACAGCCUGAAGGCCAACACGAAGACCAGGAAGAUGUGGAAUCUUUUGGAGGAGAUGAGGGACCUGACAAUGAUAAGGACAAAAACAAUACCAAGGAUCCCAAACAACUUAUGGAAGAGGAAGAAGAAGAAGAGUCUGACAUGGACCAACUGGACAAUGUCAGCCACUGUUCCUCGUCCAUUAUUCCCGACAGUCUCGAUUCCGAAGAUCACGCCAACGAAGCCGAAAAGGCCAUUCUCGGUGGAAUCGUUUUUUGGGUCGUCAUGCAGCAAUCCAUGUUGCACGGAUGGGGACUAAUGAUGCGCUGCAUGGGAUUCUUUUCCAGAUUCUUUCCCAAAUGGUGUCGCAAAGCAGGAAGAAAUAACAAUGACGCUGCGGUCGAUGAAGAUGACAUUAGUAUCGAUGCUGCUCGAAACCUCCUCGAUCUCAACGACCCGACAUCCGAAGGCUUUAGUCAGAGCUUUCGCAGCGAGGCAGGCACUGGCGGCGGCGGCGGUGGUCAAGGACAAGGAGGUGCGGGUGGAGGAGGUGCCACGGCAGGAAUGGCGGUCGCAGCGGCAAGUGCGGCUGCCGGUGGGGCCGCUUCGGGAGCAGCCGCUGGAGCUGCAGCAGGAGCAGCCGCUGGAGGAAUGGCGUCCACCAUUGCCGGAGCCAUUGCCGGAGCGGGAGCGGCCUCGCAACUGGCUGUAGUUGUGGGAGUUGCCGCCGUCACGGCUGCCGCAGUGUCCACCGCCACGGUUCGAAACGUGCAAGAACCCAGUCAGGCUCCACAGGCGGCGCCCUUUUACGACAAGAACUUUACGCCUCCCCAAUGUCUUGACGUUACCGAACAGAAAAUAGGUUUUGUACGGCUCGAAAUACAGGCAUUGCCACCGGCCAUCAUUCCCAAACAAAAAUGGAUCAUGGAAGAAAUGUUCCGAGAUAUUUACAAUGAAAUAUCUGGAAUGUGCCUAGAUCCAAUGAAUAGAGUCAUGCAUCAGGCAUACUUGACACACUGGGAAACUGACUGGGGAAAUCUCACCAACACCACCGCCAUCAACAACAAAUUCAACUGGACCGAAUUGGAACCAAUCUUGUUCCUUGCCGACAGCAGCAACAGCAGCAGCAGCAGCAGUGAACACAGUAACAGCACCAACAGCAGCCUCACCAGUAUUCUAACUCCACAACAGCAGGAGCUACUUCGAGAGUACCAGCAAGCGGUGCUACAAAGUGUCACCACGACGUAUUGGGAAGCCAGAUUGGAGUGUACCGGGUGUCCAGACCACGAGCCUUUGUUUGAUGUGGGUGACGAUGGAACCGUAUCCCUGGCAGGAACUAAUUCCAGCAGACGCAAGCUGGCUCUGGGCGGUUGCGGUGGUGGCAGUGAUCACGACGUCGAGGUUACCAUUGUGCGAGACUACGAAAACCAAGCAAUCAAGAUCGUGGCUGGUUCUACGAUCGCAGUACAAGCUGAUGGGACAGCCGACGACCAGGUCAUUGUGCUCGAGAUCAACACGGCAACCAUUCAAGAUGCCUCGGAAGCAGUAGAGGACAAUGGUGGACCUCUUGUCGCCCCUUUUGUCAGCAAUGAUUUGUCGAACAUUGAAGAUUGUUUAGAGGCCAGCAUUAUGGACCAGUCCGACAGCUCCCAAGUGUUGGAAUCUGUCUUUUGCCAGCUUAUUCUCGAAACAGUCAAUGACAUUGGAGCUGAUACGGAAGCACUGGUUGAUUGCAUCCAAAGGCCAACAUCUCUGGAUUGCCAACAAGUCCUUCCAGGGCUCAUCCAGCAAACAGAGGCCUCGUUGCUGCCUGAAGAAGACAACACGGGCAGAGACACAAAUUUCGACCCAGUCACAGAGAAUUCUGAGAGCUCCAACAUAGUCGAGUCUGGCGAAACGGAGAGUGAAGGAGCGGGAUCUCCAUCAACGACAAGCUUCAAUGAUGUGACAGCAGAAGGUGAGAGCCUUCUGGACUCCACGGCAGGUGUUCCCUCGGGUGGUGUUGCUAGCGAUAACAACGCACCCGCAACUAGUACCCCUGGUCAGCCCACUGGCCUUUCCACGGCAGCCGGAACCUCUGGCAGUCCAAGUCCAACAUCAGCCUCUGCUCCCUCCAGUUCCACUGCAUUUCAAUCCGCAACGGAUACUGGAACCCCAACUGUUACUCCUGGAAGCCCAUCCUUGGCACCCACCACAGACAAUCCCCUAGGAACUGUACCCACUGUGACACCUGGUUCUCCCAAUUUCAGUCCAAGUACUGGCAGUCCCACUACUGGUCCACCCACAGUGACCCCUGGAAGUCCCUCACUGCCACCCACCACAGCCAGUCCCGAUGGUUCUCAUCCCACGUUUACUCCAGGCUCUCUCAGCACCAGUCCUAAUACGGACAGUCAGAACGACCCGACCCCCAACCGUGACUCCUGGAAGCCCCUCACUUACACCCACUGCGACUCCCAGCGUCAGUCCAAUACGGCAGUCCCACAACUGGAACACCAACGUGACCCUGGAAGCCCAUCUGCUAUGCCCACCACAACCAAUCCCGAUGGAUCUGUACCCACGGUUACUCCAGGCUCUCCCAGCACCAGUCCAACUACUGGUAACCCCACCACCAGAGUACCAACAGUGAUUCCAGGAAGCCCCUCACUGGCACCGACUACUGCCAAUCCAGGCGGUUCUGUGCCCACCGUGACACCUGGUUCUCCCAGCACAAGUCCAACUACUGGCAGUCAAACAACUGCAACGCCAACUGUGGCUCCUGGGAGCCCAUCUCUAGCCCCAACGACUGCGAAUCCAAGUACCAUUUCAGAUACAGCACUACCUAGCCUUACUGAAGAAUCUACAACACCCCCAACGUUGGAUCCGUCACCCGAGCCCACCAAUGAGCCAACUACAGAUCCCACCAAUGAACCAACUACAGAGCCCACAAACAACCCAACUCCAGCACCAACAAAUGAACCAACCAUGAACCCAACAACAGCUCCAACAGUUUCACUCACAACUGAUGAGCCAACCGAAACUCCUGGAAGCCAAACCUUGGCGCCAACCACUGCCACUUCCUUUGGUUCUGUCCCCACUGUGACACCUGGUUCUCCCAGUUUCAAUCCAACACCAGUCCGACAACUGGCAUCCCACAACGGAACACCUACAGUGACCCCUGGAAGCCCCUCGCUGGCACCACCACAGCCAGUCCUGCUGUUCCCACGUGACCCUGGUUCUCCCAGUGCCAGUCCAACUACUGGCAGUCCCACAACAGGAACACCGACAGUAACCCCUGGAAGCCCCUCGCUGGCACCCACCACGGCCAGUCCCUUGAAUCUGUACCCACCUGUCAGUCCAACUACUGCAGUCCACAAACAGACACCGACAGUGACCCUUGGAAGCCCCUCGCUGGCACCCACCACGGCCAGUCCCCUUGAAUCUGUACCCACCCACCAGUCCCACAACUGGCAGUCCCACAACCGAACACCUACAGUGACCCCUGGAAGCCCCUCGCUGGCACCCACCACAGCCAGUCCUGCUGUUCCCACCGUGACUCCUGGUUCUCCCAGUGUCAGUCCAACUACUGGCAGUCCCACAACCGGAACACCUACAGUAACCCCUGGAAGCCCCUCGCUGGCACCCACCACGGCCAGUCCCCUUGAAUCUGUACCCACCGUGACUCCUGGUUCUCCCAGCACCAGUCCGACAACUGGCAGUCCCACAACCGGAACACCUACAGUGACCCCUGGAAGCCCCUCGCUGGCACCCACCACGGCCAGUCCUGUUGAAUCUGUUCCCACCGUGACACCUGGUUCUCCCAGUGUCAGUCCAACUACUGGCAGUCCAACUACUGGUGGUCCCACAACUGGAACGCCAACAGUGACUUUUGCAAGUCCAUCCUUUGCACCCACAACUGCCAAUCCUGGGAAUGGAUCCCCAACUACAGGGGCGCCCACCACUGCUCAUCCAACCGUCAUCCUAGGUUCACCAAGUGCCAGUCCCACAACUGAGACUCCUACUGCACCAACUAGUGGACUCCCGACUGUUUCUCCUGGCAGUCCCUCGGUGGCGCCCACCACUGCAAGUCCCACUAGGGCGUCCGUCACUUCGUCUCCUACGGUCACUCCUGGUUCUCCCAGUAUCCGUCCAUCAACGUCGGGUCCUACUGCUGGGCCACCGACCACCGGCAAUCCGACUGUCAUACCCGGAAGCCCUUCCAUGGCUCCCUCUACUGCAAACCCCACGGGUGGAUCCCCAACAUCAGGAACUCCCACUGUUACCCCCGGUUCACCAAGUCUCAGUCCCACCACAGGGACUCCUACUGCAGCAGCUGGGUCGCCAAGUUUCAGUCCCUCAACAGUCCAAUCUUCUGCCCCCAGCCAAGGUUGUGCAACUGCUUUUGUUGAGGAGCAGAAGGUUUACUAUGUGUUCACAUCAGCAAAUGCCAACGCAGACUACAAGUUCCAGCUUCACCUGCAACAGCAUUUCUCGUGUUGGCCCGCCAAAUCAGUGGUGCCAGCCUUUUUCCUUCUACAAAUGAUGAAGUUACUUUCCUUCAAGCAUACACAACUGCUCUGGGAAUUACUGGUGCAACUGCAACAGCUGUUACGUUGUCCACUCAAUCUCCAACCACGGCACCAACAUCUCUGCCUUCAGUAG